AAAGCGUUCGAGCUUACCUUUUUUGUUCAUUUCUUUUCGGAUUUCUUAUUCAAUCAAGUUGAUCAAUAACCAGAAGCUCAUCAUUAUCAAAGGAGAAGGGUAAUCCGUUAUGGAGAUUAGAUUUUGGACGAAUUUAAAAGUUCGUGUUCUUCUUCUCGCUUCGCUCAUCCUUUGCUUCUUUCCCGGAGUUUUCCCUUCAAGACUUGUUACACUCAAGUCCAUUCAGAUUUUUAAUACCCAUGAAUGGUUUAAUGCCAAAGCUACAGUUUAUUUUCAUUGUAAAGGAGAAGAAAGGAUAAUUUUGCCAGACGUGAAGGAAGCACAUGUUGUAUAUACUUUUAGGGGUGAAGAAUCUUGGCAGCCUCUGACAGAGCUUCCCAAUAAGAAAUGUAAACGGUGUGGGUUGUAUGAGAUGGGCACCCUGAAAUCAGAAGAUGUAUUUGAUGAGUGGGAGUUUUGUUCUUCUGAUUUCAUAGAUCCUAUUAGGAAUUAUGUGCGUUUCAAGGACAAGGAAUUCAAUGCUACAUUUUUUUGCCCUCAAUGUGCAUACGUUGAAAACGGUUCUGAUCAUGCAUCUGGCUCAAAUAAUUUAGCAAAUACAGGAAAGGAAAUGGAUGCUCGCUUGAUUAUUCUAAUCAGUGCAACGGUUCCAACUGUAUCAAUUCUUGGAGUGGUAGCUGCUUAUAUAUAUUGGCCGUGGAGGAAGAGGGAGCAGGAUCAUGCACGGUUCCGAAAAGUUAUUUGAAGUUGUUGAUGUCAUUGAAGAUGAAUUUGGUCUCGGACAAGUGUUAUGAAGAUGCUUACUUUGUGCCAUAUUAUUUGAAUCCACACUUGCCCACAUGUAUAUUUUUUGGAAUAUACAAAAGGGGGAAAAUGUGUUUUUAGCAGAUGAGAGAUGUUUUUAUGUUGUGAGCAGUGAAUACCCUAGUUGUAAAUCUGUUAAUUUGAAUUUUCAUGAAUUAGAAGAAAGUAACCAAGUAAGAAAAAGAGAUAAUUCUGUAAGCAUCUCCUUGCAAUUUUUUGUAGUUGGCCAUGUAAAAUGAAUUAGCAACUGUUGCUUGUACAUAUUUUUUAGGGGAAAAAAAUCAAGGAAAGAUAUUUUGAGAAGUUUGAGUGAUGUUCUUAUGUUGCAAUUUGAUAAUACAUGUUUUUGUUGUA